UUGACAUUGACAAGACAAAAUAACCUCCAACUUUACUAUAAUCACCUGUUUUGUGUUGUUUUUUGUUAAAAUUUUGUGAUUUUUGAACAAUAAUGGGUGAAGAAUCCAAUGAUAACAAUCCGCCACACAAAAGGCAAAAAAAGAAGCGUAAAAACUUUUUGAAAAAUGCUAAGAAAUAUGCGAAAAAAGGUCAAAUGGGACGCGGUACUCAAAUACCACAGGAUUUGUAUGAUUAUUUUGUACAAAUUCUGGAAUCUAUCAAGCAAGGAGUUGAGGAUCCAGACGAGCGGCAAGCCCUAGUCAACAAUGUGUUAGAAAGAACAAAAGGUGAAGAGUUAAACAUAGUCGGCAACCAGUUAGGAUGCCGUCUCAUAGAGUUACUCCUCCCAUAUGCCACACCAGAAGACCUAGAACGCUUUAUAGAAGUCCUAUCACCAGAACUACGUCGUCUAUGCUCUGACAAUUUCACAAGUCAUAUAAUAGAGACUUUGUUACGAGUGUCUUGUGACAGAGCAACUGAGUAUUUACAAAUCCUUGAUCAAUUAGACGACGAAGGGCCAAAGAAAAAGCGUAAAAAAACCAAAUCAAAAUACACAGAUGAACAUAUUACAGCAUGCCAUGAAUUUACAUUAAAAAUAAGCAAGUAUGUGUUGAAUAAUUUGGAAGAUUUUGUGUGGGAUCGAUACGCAAAUCAUAUCUUACGUAGUGCAUUGAAGUGUUUGAGCGGUAUUGUGUUGCUGCCUGGGGAAAAACCAAAGCAGAAUAUGUUUAAACAGGCAAAAGAGGGUAAUCCGAGUAUACCUCCUCAUUCCACUGAAAUGAAAUACAGAGUUGUGCCUGAUGAAUAUAAGGAAAUCGUUAAGGAGUUUGCCAACAGAUUGUCAGCGUGGCCCCAGUUCAAAGACUUACCAUACAAGAACAUAACUUCUGCAUUACUUCAAGUAUUGUUAUAUGCAGUUAAAAACACAGACAAGAACUUAACUAAAAGUUUAAUAAAGAAGUUAUUAAAUGAAAGUUUUGCGCCUGAAGAUUGGGUUUCCACUGGUGAUGAUGAGAAGAAGGAUACAAUGGAUAUUGACUCUGAGGAAUUGAAGGAAGAGAAGAAAGUUGAAACUGCACCUGAAGAUUGGGACUCAGUAGGGAAUGAUGAGAAGAUAUCUAAAAUUCAUAUUAAAGAAUUGAAUGAAGAGAAGAAGGCUAAAAUUCAUAUUAAGGAAUUGAAUGAAGAGAAGAAAGUUGAAACUUCUGGAAGCUUGCCUCCUGUUUUUGAGAAUGAAUCUGCGGUUAGGUUACUAGAAGCGGCUCUGUUUGUGUCAAAGAAGAAGACGUACACUCAGAUAUACGCGCGCUGUUUCAUCCACCGCCUCGGACGUCUCUCCUGUAUGAAGAUGCUCAACUUUACAGUGCAAAGACUCAUGGACAACUGCCAUAUUAAGGAAGAGUUUGAGCCAAUGUUUGACGAGUUGGCCACAAAGUAUGACGCAAUACUGGCGUGCGGCAACACUGGCGUAUUGGUGGCCAUCGCCAAGGCGUGUCUGCGGAUCAAAACCAAGCAGAUGCAGUUCUUACAGAAUUUGGAAAAAGCGCUCAACUGUUCGGAACCAGACAACCAGAAGCAUUUUGCAGUGCAGUGUCUAAAAAUGGCGCCCCUACGAGACAAUGAUACCAAGAAGGAGUACUUCAUACACAUUCAUGGCUCCGUCAUACUGCAGACUAUGCUGGACUUCCAGCGUCCAGCCAAAGUAGUUUCGUGUCUUCUGGAGCUGCCUCCUGAAGAGCUGGUGUACAUCUUGUGUGACACGAAGGGAAGCCACGUCGCGGAUGCCUUUUGUAAAGGACAGUUUGUCGGAGCCAAAGCCAGGGACAAACUUAUAUGGAAACUAAAGGGUUUUUACCAAACACUGGCACUAUCCCAACACGGUUCCCGCGCGUUUGAGCAAAUCUUUGAAGCAGCAUCUAUGGAACAGAAGAUCAAGAUUAUGUCCGAAAUCUCCGACAAGAGUAAUCUGUUGAACAGCACCAACUAUGGCCGCCUCAUAGCUGCCAAACUCGAUGUGGCCACGUUUAAAACUUCGCAGAAAACGUGGGAAAAUAAUAGGGGUACGAAAAAAGACGAAUAAAACAUUAUUUUUUGUUGUA